AUGGUCGACGCCGUCCCCACCCAAGAAUACUUGCACGCCGAUCCCGACAAGAUCCAAGUCGUCACCCACGAAACCUACCGUACCCCAGACAUGCUCUCCCCUGCCACCGUCUCACCUAACCCACUCGACCAAUUCCGCACAUGGUUCACCUCGCUCGAGGGGAAGGUUCAUGAACCGGAAGCUAUGGCUCUUUCUACCGCGACACCAGAUGGGAUUCCAUCCACACGCAUCGUCCUGUUCAAACAACUCGACCAGAAGGGGUUCGUGUUCUUCACGAAUUAUAACUCGCGCAAAUCCCGCGAGUUGUUGGCGAAUCCGAAUGCUUCGCUCGCAUUCUACUGGAGGGAGGUUCAUAAGCAGGUGAGGGUCCUGGGGAAGGUAGAGAAAGUGAGCAAGGAGGAAAGCGAGGAGUAUUUCCGGAGUAGGCCGGUGGGCAGUCGGUUGGGAGCUUGGGCGAGCAAACAGAGCUCGGUGAUCGGGGAGGAGGACAUUCAUGAGCAUUUGGCUGAGGUGGAGAAGAGGUUCGGUGCGACGGAGAAGGAUAAGGAGGCGGAUAUCCCAUUGCCCGAAUUCUGGGGAGGCUGGAGAGUCAUUCCUACGGAGAUCGAGUUUUGGGCUGGAAAGCCGUCUCGCCUACACGAUCGUGUACGGUACUUGCUCAAGGAGGGCUCAUCCCCAGACGCACCCGAGUGGAUCAUAGAUAGGCUAUCUCCCUGA